UUUGUUUGCAUUUACACCUGCUGAUACGUACGCAGAUAAACACGUCACCUUUUCGAGGAAAACAGCCCUUCUCUGCUCAAGACGAUUCAGUAUCAAAUUCGAUACCGCUGAUGUUCUAUGUAAGUUCACGGCUCCAGGCUUGUUCUACUGCCGCACGACACGCACGCUAAUUGAGUGAAUUCCAAAAACAAUUGUUUUUUAUAGCAGGUGGAGAAUUCCCACCAUCACACCGAGGUUAGCCCUCUAGAAAAGCGCGAUGUGAAUAUAAUAAUAUCUCUAUUUGUUUUGUGAACGAACGUUAGAUUUUCCUAUCUAGUUGAAUUAACACCAUUCUACCGAAUAACAUAAUUACACGGAAAUGGAAGCGAAUGUCGAUCAAAAUCCGUUCACCGAAGCACUACAGUCGGAAGCGAUUACCGAGCUGCUCCACAAUAAGGACAAAGGAGAAUUGGCGCAUAGUUUGGUUUCUAAUUUGAAAAAGCUCUCGGAAAUGUUCGUUAAUCUUGCGGACGAAGAAAAGCAACAGUUCGCGCGUGAGUUUAAGGGCCAGUUCGUGAAUCAACUGAAAAAUUUAAACGAAAUGGUGAAGCAGGAGAAAUUGGCACAAGAAAACUCAAAAGCCCAACAAUCGGUACCAGUUUUCGACACAUCCGCAGUAUUUCAAGAAGAAAUGAAUUUCUACCUUACGAUUGCCUUUGGGUCACUAAUACUAUUAUUUAUUGUAUUCUUCGGGUAUAAACUGUAUCUCUCCUUGACGGAAAAGGAACGCAAACGGGAAGAAAAAUUAAAGGCUAAACAGGCUAAGAAGAAGAAAUGAGCACUAGUCCAGCGUGGCAGCUGUAGCGGAUGCGCCGGAAACAAACCAGCCCGCCACAAUCAUCCGCACAAACACAUUCCACACGUAAAAGACUCGUAGGCUACGCUCGGAUGGUAUCCUCCGCGCUAUUUCCCACUAAAUGCAAUUAAGUGAGACUUUAUAUGAAUAGUUUGAUCAGUGACUAACAUUUAUUUCGUGUUUGUUUUCGUUUCUGACGGUUGCAAUAUAAAUUAAUACUAACAUCUUUUGAAAGAAGAAAAACAGAGAGAAAGAUCUAUAUUAGCCAAGGCCAAUUUAUUGUGAAACAAGCUAGAAAUAUUUUAAAUUCGUUAUUUUAAAACUUGUUGACUACAUUUCCAGUGCCCAUUCCGAAUAGUCCGGCGAGAUUUACACUUAACUACGACAAAAGUUCAGGACAAAUACAAUAUUUUACUUAUACAUGUUAACGAGCAGAAUCAAAGCUUGCAAAACUCUUUGAAGUAGCUGAUAUUAGUUGUGAAUGAAAAUAUUUUUCUGUCGGUAAAUGGUAUAUACAAUAUGACGGUUUAUUAAACUAUUACAA